AUGUCCGGCAAACUUCUCGUGACAGCCGUCUCAGCGUUGCUGCUGACUGGAUUCGCCCAGGGUCAAGGUCCUCUUGAGGGAACUGGUCUGGACAAGCAGAACGUCACUUUCUCCGUGCCCAGAACUCGCUUCGUGGUUGAGUUCUCUGAUUCUGGUUCUGCAAAGUUCAGAAAGCGCGAUGGUUCAGCUGACACUGAGGGUUUCUACGAGAAGGUGCAGCUCACCAACAACACGGCCCAACCAGCACUGAACUUCACCUCGGACAUCUUCCAUGGCGCCUCUUUUGAGCUUCUUAAUCAUACUACUCAGUCCAUCAGCGAGAUAGAAGCUCUCCCCGAGGUCAAGCACAUCUGGCCCGUUAGCUACGUCUAUGCCCCGACGCCUGAAGCGAAUGACGUUGGAAAGGGGCCCCAGAUUGCCAAGUGGGAUCCGCACGUUCUCACGAAAGUCAACGACGCCCACAAACUAGGCUUUGACGGAAAAGAUGUCAUCGUUGCCGUAGUUGACUCUGGCAUUGACUACACGCAUCCCGACCUUGGAGGUGGCUUUGGAAAGGGUUUCAAGGUCGAAUCCGGCUGGGACUUUGUCGGAGACAACUAUGCAGUUGAAAGCCCCAACGACCUUUACCCUGAUGACGAUCCCAAAGAUUGUCAAGGUCACGGAACCCACGUUGCCGGUAUUAUCGCCAGCAGCAACAAGGAUCUGCCUGGAGUUGCCCCUAAUGCCCGCCUCCGCGCGUACAAGGUGUUUGGCUGCGGCGACGGCACGACGGAAGAUGUCAUCGCGCAGGCUUUCAUCCAGGCUUAUGAAGACGGCGCGGACAUUAUUACCGCAUCGCUUGGUUCUGACCGUGGCUUUGCUGAGAACGUUGUUGCUCAAGUCAUUACUAAAAUCACUGCGAAGGGCACUUUUGUUUCGGCAGCUGCUGGAAACUCAGGCGCCAGAGGUCCAUACUUCACCAGCAGUCUCGCCAACGGUUUCGGCGGGUUGACAGUAGGCAGUGUCCAACACACACAACAGGCGGCAUACGAGGUCGUGGCCAAGUCGAGCGGCGGCGAGUCACGAACGAUGUAUUAUAUCAACAGUGAUGGCACCCAGUGGAAUAGAAACGGCACUUUCAAAGCGUACAUUCCUCCCGUCAAUCGCGACUUCGACAUCUGCUUUGGAGACUUGCCUGUGCCUGAUGGAGGCAUCCCUGAUGAUGAUAUUCUUGUUUUGCCCCGCGGAAAGGAGUUUUCCUGCCAAGACACCUGGCAGUUGAUGGACAGUAAUCUCAUUGGAAUCACUAAAUGGGUGUUCUUCUACAACUACCCUAACAUCAGCUACCAGCAGCCUGAUAGGUCCAAGUAUCGUGAUGAUCAACCCAUUGGAUUCGCCACUAUCAAUUAUGAGGAUGGCAUAUGGAUCGAGGAGCAAGAAGAGGGAGGCCACUCCGUCGAGUUCGAGUUUGUGUACGAACCCACGAACGCCAUUGGCAUUGAAAACAGUGCAGCUGCCAUCAACGACUUCAGCUCAUGGGGAGCCACCCUGGACGGCCGCAUGAAGCCUGAAAUCUCUGCACCAGGUGGCAGAAUUCUUUCUACCUGGCCGGUAAGCCUUGGAAAUUGGGCUGUCCUUUCUGGUACUAGCAUGGCCACACCUUACAUUGCCGGAGUUGCUGCACUUUACUUCAACUCUAUCGGUGGACGUUCGGCUCUCUCUGGCAAUGCGGCUGAAAUUGCCCACCGCCGUCUUGUGGCCAGUGGUAGCCCCAUCCGUUACCAAAACGGCAGUGAAGUCCUUGCACCCGUUGCCAAGCAAGGUGCCGGCCUGGUCGAUGCCCUGAAAGUGGUUGCCCUCAAGACGGUGAUUUCGCCAGCCAACAUCAACUUGAACGACACAUCCUACUUCAGUGGCAAGCACACAAUCACCAUUGAGAACCACAGCGACGAGGAAGUCACAUACUUUGUCGCUCACCAGCCUGGCAGCACGACCCGCUCCCGUGAGCGUGGUGACGCAUGGGUUGCUUCCGAGCCGCUUCUCAAGACGGACCAGGGCUUGGCUAUCGUCGAGCUCUCGGCUAAGGAGGUCAAGAUUCCGGCUAAAGGAAGCGCCACCGUUGAUGCCACUUUCACAGAGCCUUCUGAUAUUGACGCCGCUGUCCUUGCCAUGUAUGGUGGUUACAUUAACGUGGUUGGGUCGAACGGUGAAGCUGUUCGGGUUACGUACAUGGGCAUCAAAGGAUCUCUCUUCUCCGCCGAUGUUUGGGAGAUUGAGCGUGGCGUGCCUGUCUGGUUUGGUCCCGGAGGCUACGGUGAUACUAUCGAGGAUGGCAAGGUCUUUGCCUACCCAUCUAUGCCAGAACCUUAUUUCAACGUUCUUUGGUCUACCAGAGAGUUCAGCUUUGAUCUUGUUCGUCCGGACUGGAAUACAACGGACUGGACGUGGCCCUUGGUCUCCGGUAAGAACAACCACGUGGGUAUCACCACCUACUAUGACCCAAUGACAAGCGAGUACUUCCCUUUUCCAAGCACGUAUAUCCCUCGGCCAGCUGGAACCUACUGGCUGAGCCUGGGCGCCAACUUGACUCACGGCGAAGCUGUCGUCCCCGGCGAGUACUGCCUUUUGGCGCGCGCUCUGAGAACGUAUGGCGAUUACGCCAACCCCAAGGACUGGCAGUUCCGCCUCUCGCCUAGGUUUGUCAUUGCCGAGCCUGAGGGACAAGCGACGACGACGAGUUCCGAGGUCGAGCCAACAGUUGCGCCAACGGUUACGCCCACUGUUGCUGCUACAUCUACGACCGAGGCACCUGUGACAGUUACACUAGGUCUUCCUGUAGAGUCCUCUGCGGUUCCUCAAGAGACCCCUGUGGUCUCUGUUAUCUAG